UGUUAUAUAAAACACGCAUGCUAGUAUUAUUAUUGUUAUUAUAGUUUUUUUUGUAUUUGCCAAACUUGUCUAUAUAAACUCUUGGAUUUUAUAUCCAUGCACCAAGCAAAUAUCAAUAGCAAGAGCAUAUCAAUUGUACCUCUCUUGAAGAUAUGAAAUCACUUUUUGCUCUCAUCCUCCUCAUUUCACUUGCCUUGUAUGGUAGCAGCACAGAUGCAAGAAGAGACCCUGGAGAAUAUUGGAAUAUUGUGAUGAAAAAUGAGCCCAUGCCUAUAGCAAUCAAGCAUCUUAUGCCUCGGUAUGACGUUUCUUUCGAGCCAAGGCCAACUGCAACUUCUUACCAUGAUGAUGAAGCCAGUCUUAAAGGAGAAAAGUCUUUUGAACCACGACCGACUGUAACUGCAUACCAUCAUGAUGAUGUUGGUCUCAAACAAGAAAAAUCAUCAUUUACUAAAGAUUUCGAACCAAGGCCAACUGCAACUUCUUACCAUGAUGAUGAAGUCAGUCUUAAAGGAGAAGAGUCUUUUGAACCACGACUGACUGUAACUGCUUACCAUCAUGAUGAUGUUGGUCUCAAACAAGAAAAAUCAUCAUUUACUAAAGAUUUCGAACCAAGGCCAACUGCAACUUCUUACCAUGAUGAUGAAGUCAGUCUUAAAGGAGAAAAGUCUUUUGAACCACGACCGACUGUAACUGCUUACCAUCAUGAUGAUGUUGGUCUCAAACAAGAAAAAUCAUCAUUUACUAAAGAUUUCGAACCAAGGCCUACUGUAACUUCCUACCGUGACAAUGAAACUACUCUUGAAGGAAAAAAGUCUUUUGAACCAAGGCCAAAUGUUAGCAUGUAUAAUGAUUGAUAUGGCAAAGUCAUUGUGUGUCAUUUAAUCUCCCUCCGUUCGUUGUUAUGUGAGGUAUGGAAUAAGGAUGGAUAAACAUGAUUUGUACUAAAGUAUUUCUUGAGUUAAAUGUAAUGGUUGUUUCAUUGUGUGCAAUUUUUCCUUAUUCUUAGAGUGUUUAGCAUUGGAUCACCUCUAUUUGAAGGAAUUACCUUAUCAUAA